CGACUUACUUUUCGACGAUUUCAAAGGCUAGGCAACAUCACAUUAGAAGUGUAAGAGUUAAAACAAAAGCUUUUUAACAGCCUACGUACAUAAUUUAAGUAAUUUGAUUCAUCCAUUUUGACGGCACGAAGUUGAGGGUUAAUAGAUUUUGGAGGUAAAAUAGAUUGCGGCGUUACUUCACCAUUCAUAUGACGAAGUUCAACUUAUCAAAGCUCAAGAAAACACUUUCAAAAACCAAGAGAAAGCCUAGACAUCACUCUGGAAAAAUCGAGAAAGUAUCUAAACAUUCCAAAAAUCCAAAGAAGAACACUUUCGAUUGCUUGAUAAACGCUUCAAUGUUUCGAUUUCUGAAUGAAAAGUUGUAUACCUGCACAAGUGAAGAAGCAGCUGCUAUUUUCAAGGAGGAUCCUGAAUCAUUCGAAAUAUACCAUGAAGGUUAUCAACGCCAACUUUCCCAGUGGCCUCAAGAUCCUCUCAUCUGGGUCAAGAGUAAAAUUAUCGAAGAAUGUUCAGAUUUAAUGGCAAACUACAAAGUAGCUGAUCUUGGUUGUGGUGAUGGAAGAUUAAGUCAGUUAUUGCCCAGUAAUUACGAAGUGUACUCUUUUGAUCUUGUCUCCGUAAACGAACGUGUCAUUGCUUGUGAUAUGGCUCAUACACCUCUUAAAAACAACGAAGUUGAUAUCGCAGUGUUUUGCUUAUCUUUAAUGGGAACCAAUUGUUCAGAAUUCUUGUAUGAAGCGAAUCGCAUUUUGAAAUCUGGUGGUGUUCUGAUAAUCGUUGAUGUAACUAGCAGAUUUGAUGGAAAAUUCAAUGAUUUUUUGAAAAAGCUAAAGCGUUAUGGGUUCGCUAAACAAUUUUCAGAGAUAACUAGCGAUACGUACUUUGUUCGUGCUCUUCUUCGCAAAGUAUCUUCUUGUUCCUCAGAGCUUGUGCACAGUUUACCGAAACUAAACUUGAAACCAUGCUCCUAUAAAAAAAGAUGAUUAACAUUUGUUUUUUUGUACAUUAUUUCUUUAAAUAUACACGUAUCAAUUAGAGUUCAACUUUUCAACUUAUCUGAUUGUACUUGUUCGACCAAUGUGAAAAUGUUUACUUUCAGAGCUUCGGUAUUGUUUCAUUUUU